GUGCUAGCUAGUCUCAGGUGCUUUGGGAGUUUGUUCCUGGCACGAGGAGCAUAAAAACAGAAAGCUGCUUCUCCAUGUUUUGUUCUUGUGGAGGGAACUACAAGCGGCCCAGCAUCUGAAGAUCCACUAAAGAUGCAUGCAUGAUUUUCUCUGAGGUCCUCCUUGGACAUUUAGAUUCUUGAUUUUUGAUAUAUUUUUUAGGUGACUUUGGAAUGGUUUUGAUGUGGCUGUUACGUAAAGGAGUUUGCUAUUGAAGAACAAAGCCGAGGUUUUAUUUUGAAGAUGAGACUCAGCCUGGUGGUGGCCGCUCUUCUCUGCUUCACCACAUGGAUGAGCGUAGUCCAUGCAACCCAUGGGCCGGUGCCCCUCUGUUGUAUGCAGUGGUCCAACACCCGAAUCCCAUUGAAACGAAUUGUGGGUUACACCAUUCAGUCUGAAGGCGUCUGUCCAAUCGCAGCUGUGAUGUUUCAGACAAAGCUUGGAAAAAGAAUUUGCUCGGACCCUAACAGUGUCUGGGCCAAAGAGGCGAUUCUGAAGGUGGACGAGGAAAAAGAGAAAGAAAACAUUGCUAGAGAAAACGAGGAAUGUAUGGAAGAGUGAAUGUGUGUGACAUGUGAAUUUGUUUUUUAGUUCUGAGAUUAAAGUCAGAAUUCUGAGUUUAAUCGCAGAGAAAACGUGUCUGAGGAAUCACAAGACAAAUCAAAGUUUCCACAGUUCUUUCUAAUUGGACUUUUCCUGCUGUAUCACAUCAACAAUUAAACCUAAAACUAAAACAGACAUUUAUAUUUGAUUUUAUUGAUGAUUAAAUAUGCAAAAUAUCCAUUUAAAUAUGUUAACCAUAGCUUGUUGUCGUAAAUGUGUUUACUUGUUCCAGUCAGUUGCCAAUAAAGUCUUUCUGAGCAAA